AUCGUUGUCUAAUUCUUUCCAGUUCCCAGUCCUCUCUUUGCUGAAUUCUACUCGUAAUGCCUCUCAUUGAAGUCAUUGCAAACGAUCGUCUGGGUCGCAAAGUUCGCGUCAAGUGCAGCCCUGAUGACACUGUCGGCGAUCUCAAGAAGCUCAUCGCCGCACAGACGGGUACAGACGCAUCCAAGAUUCAGCUGAAGAAAUGGUAUACGAUCUACAAGGACCACAUCACACUAGCAGACUAUGAGAUCCACGACGGGAUGAGUCUUGAGAUGUAUUGAUCUUGUGGCACCUCGAGCUCGUCGAUCGUUGUGUUUCUCGUCAAGGUCUUUUAAUUCGCAGCAUCGUGGCACGCCCCCAAAGGAGCCGUCGAGACGUUCUGCAGCUAUCGUAUGUAGUAUAAACGAUUGUAUUCCGUAUCUAUCGUGCAUUCUGUGACUGUGCAGCAACUAUAAUACAGUGUGAAAUAGAAGUCAGCCGUACGCUUCCUCACAGCGGAACAUCAACCCUUCCACAACCGACAGCCCGUCUUGUCUAGUGCCUUCUUAAUCUUGGAUUCUCGUCGGUUUGGCGCGAGAGCCAGGCACGUCGGUUCGUUCUCUGGCUGUUCUAUCCAUAAAUGAUGCGGAAUUAGUGGAACGGAGGACGAGAGCAGCUCGCUCAAGCGUUCGAGGCUUUUCC